AUGACUCCCGCUCCGCUCACGUACUACUGGAACACCUCAGGUGCCUGUGAACUCGACGACUGCGUUGCACGCCUUCGCCGAGAGGUCUCUCUCCCGGACUUAUCUGUUCGCAGCAUCGGCUUUGACCUCUGGAACGUCAACCUCAAUGUGCCGCACACCGAUAUUCUGUUUGCAGACUCUGCGUUCGACUUCGCGUGGCACGCUGGACAGCCUUUGUAUACUGUGACAUGGUACAAGUCCGGCGCGCUGCAGUGGUACAAUAUCAAAUGUCGCUCUAUGUAUGACUGGCUCUGCCGGUAG